CUCAGGUGCACAGCCCCCUACGUAUAAAGGCUCAUCCUCCUCACCGCUGCAGGUACCCACACUGAACAACAAGCACUCCGCUGCAGGCGUGUAGCCAUGGCUCCCAGACCAGAAGUGAGCACAGAAUCGUCUUGCUCAUUUGAAGAUGAUAGUAACACUCCAGCCAAAGAUUCGGCCGUUCUACCUGCUUACUCUACGACGGACCUGAUGGCGAAGAAUCCGGAUGAGGAAGACCCCUGGGACCUCCCGGAACUGAAGGACACUGGGCUGAAAUGGUCCGAAUUGGAUACGAAAGGAAAGAUUUUGAGAGUGCUGACUGCUAUAAUGAAAUUGUGUCUGCUGCUGGGAUUCCUCUACAUGUUUGUGUGCUCGCUGGAUGUCCUGAGUUCUGCUUUCCAGCUAGUCGGAGGGAAGGCUGCCGGUGACAUCUUUCAGGACAACGCUGUGUUGUCCAACCCUGUGGCUGGACUGGUGAUUGGGGUGUUAGUCACAGUGCUAGUGCAGAGCUCCAGCACUUCCUCUUCAAUUGUGGUCAGCAUGGUGUCCUCUGGAUUGUUAGAAGUCCAGUCUGCAGUGCCUAUUAUCAUGGGUGCCAAUAUUGGUACCUCUGUUACCAACACCAUUGUGGCCACCAUGCAGGCAGGAGACAGAAAUGAGUUUCGCAGGGCAUUCGCUGGUGCCACUGUCCAUGAUUUCUUCAACUGGCUGUCUGUGCUGGUUCUUCUGCCUCUGGAGGUAGCCACAGGAGUCCUGUACAAACUCACCAAAGUCCUGAUUGACUCUUUUAACAUCCAGGGUGGAGAGAAUGCCCCCGACCUUCUCAACGUCAUCACAGACCCCCUCACCGACUCCAUCAUCCAGCUGGACCAAUCUGUUAUCAGUGGCAUUGCCACCGGUGACCCAGCAGCUAGAAACAAGAGUUUGAUCAAAGUUUGGUGUAAAACUAAGACCAACACGACUUCCAUAAAUGUGACAGUAGAUGAAUGCCCAUCUGGUGCCCACUGUUGGACUGAUGGCUACUUCAACUGGACCCAGAAGAAUGUGUCUGAGACCAUCUACCUACAGAAAUGUAACCAUAUCUUUGCUAAUGCUAAUCUGCCUGACCUGGCUGUGGGCCUCAUCCUUCUCGCCCUGUCUCUACUCUUCCUCUGUACCUGCCUCAUCCUCAUCGUCAAGUUGCUCAACUCCAUGCUGAAGGGACAGGUGGCUGUGGUCAUCAAGAAGAUUCUUAACACAGACUUCCCGUUCCCCUUCGGGUGGGUCACCGGCUACCUUGCCAUCGCAGUAGGAGCAGGAAUGACCUUCAUUGUUCAGAGCAGCUCUGUCUUCACCUCAGCUAUAACUCCUCUUGUUGGUAUUGGUGUUAUUAGCCUGGAGAGAGCCUAUCCUUUGACACUGGGGUCAAAUAUUGGUACCACUACAACUGCCAUACUUGCUGCUAUGGCUAGCCCUGGAGAAACACUAGCCAACUCGCUGCAGAUUGCACUUUGUCAUUUCUUCUUUAACAUCAUGGGUAUCCUCCUGUGGUUCCCAAUCCCCUUCAUGCGGGUCCCCAUCAGGCUGGCCCGAGGACUGGGCAACCAUACAGCCAAAUACCGCUGGUUUGCUGCAUUUUACCUCAUCCUUUGCUUUUUGGUGUUGCCAGUAACUGUUUUUGGCCUGUCGCUAGCUGGCUGGCAGGUGAUGGUUGGUGUUUGUGUGCCACUCGCUGUUUUGGCAGUCUUUGUAAUCAUUGUCAAUGUGAUGCAGUCCCGCUGCCCCCACUACCUGCCCAGUGGGCUGCGCAACUGGGACUUUUUGCCCCGCCCCCUGCACUCCAUGGCCCCCUGGGAUGCUGUCAUUACCUCUGUUACGGGCUUCUGUCACAGACGGUGCUGUCCCUGCUGCAAGUGCUGCAAGUGCUGCAAAUGUGUCGAAGAUGAGGAGACUGUGAUGGACAGGAAGAAGAGUCUGGAAAUGUAUGAUAAUCCAGCAAUGUCCAAGGACGGAGAGCCAGAGCAUGUUGUCUAUGCAACUCAUCUUUAACUCAACUGUAAAGCCAAUGUUCACUACUGUAUGUAGAAGAAGCACUCUAUGAUAAGACCGAUUUGUAAAAUUUGUAAUUUUUACACUUUUCUCAGGUCGUAGUUUAUUAAUGAUUCCCUAUUUACAGUAUGGAUGAAAUACUUUGGCACUAAAAUUUUUCAUGCUGCAUAAUGCCACCAAAAGUGUUUAAUAUGUAUCGCGUAUUAUUGUUAUUAUUGUUAUUAUUACUGGUUCCUAUGACAUAUUUGCACCUAUCAUGAUAUUUGAUAUUAAUUUGCCACUUUGUUUUCAGUCUCAUUGUCACACGAAAUACUCUCCACUUUGCACAACAUGUUCUAAUUCAUCAAUCUAUGGCUUAGCAACAUUUACAAUAUUUAACCUGUUUUUAUAUCGUUAUUCAUACAGUCUAUAGAAGUGGUAUCAACUUAUGUAAGUGGUUAACCUGAAUUGUCAUUGAAAUGUUCCACUGUAACUUUUAUUUGUUAUUCUGUAGUAUUUAAGCAUAUAUGAUAUUUGUAAAUAAAAAAUUAUCAUUUG